UCAGAAAUUUAUGUUUUAAAGUGUAUCAUAACAAGAUUUUUCUAGAAACUACUUUGCACGGUGAAAACAAGAUAUUUCAACUCGUUUUUUUUUUAAUCUCAAUGAAUCCGAGAGCGAGAGUGAGUCCUUAGUUAUAAGCGUCAAAAAUGGCUGCCGAUUUGUUAUGGGAAGAUCGAGAUGUUCGCUUUGACAUAAGCUCUCAACAGAUGCGCCCCCGGCCAGGAGAAAAGACAAUUGAUCGAUUAGAUGCCGUUGAAGAUACCAAAGGUAACAAUGGGGAGAGAGGCAGACUGAUAGUAACUAACCUGCGAAUCAUCUGGCAUUCAUUAACAAUACCACGAGCAAAUCUUUCCAUUGGGUUCAACUGUGUGAUUAACAUUUCAACAAGGAGUGCCCAAUCGAAACUACGAGGCACAGUGGAAGCCCUUUAUGUGCUAUGCAAGUGUAAUAACACAAGAUUUGAAUUCAUCUUCACCAAUCUGGUACCUGGAUCACCUCGCCUUUUUACCUCGGUAAUAUCUGUGCACAGGGCUUAUGAGACAACUAAGUUGUAUCGAGACUUAAAACUGCGAGGUGCUCUUAUCCAAAAUAAGCAGCUGCGUUUGCUGCCCCAGGAGCAAGUUUAUGAUAAAGUUAAUGGAGUGUGGAAUCUGUCUAGCGAUCAGGGUAAUCUGGGAACCUUCUAUAUAACUAAUGUGCGUCUUGUCUGGCAUGCCAAUGUUAAUGAAUCCUUCAACGUCAGCAUCCCUUAUUUACAGAUGAAAAGUGUGAAAAUCAGAGAUUCUAAGUUUGGAGUGGCACUUGUUGUUGAGACUUUAGCAAUGAGCGGAGGAUAUGUUCUUGGAUUUCGGAUUGAUCCUAUAGAGAAACUACAGCAGGUUGCAAAAGAGAUACAAAACCUGCAUCGUGUCUACAGUGCCUGUCCAAUAUUUGGUGUAGAGUUUGAGAAUGAAGAAAAGCCUCAGAGCAUUGAAGAUCUCACUACAGAAGCUGUUCAGGAUGAUGUGGAAAUACAGAAUGAUGGGCAAACAGAUGCAUUUGCUGCAUACUUUGCUGAUGGAAACAAGGAUGCCAACAGAGAGCCCAUUUAUUCAGAAGAUCUUGGACUUGCCAUAGAGAAGCUGAAGGAUGGCUUCACAUUGGCUGGCCUGUGGGAAGUGCUUGGCUCAUAGAUCAUAGAUCCUGUGAACUUUUUUACUUCUAAGACAACUGUUCUUCAGUUGGGUUGUCCCACUAAAGAGAGCCAAUCCAAAAGGAAGAUUCUCUUUCUAUCAUCCUCAGUUUGUUAUCAUGGGCACAGCAUCUCAAUGAGCUUGCCAUCUUACCAUUUUCUUAAGUGUGCAAUAGCAAUAGUACCUGCUGAGUUCCAUUACUCUUCUCAAAUCAGUUUAUGAAGAUUAUAAAUCUUCUAAUCUUUUCCCUAACUGAUAAGUUUUUAUUUGAUUGCUACUUAAAGAUAAUGCUGGAAGUGAAGAAAAACAAUCUUGAAUACUAUCUUGGACUCAACUUCACAACAAACAUUAUUUAGCCACUUAACCUACCUGUGAUAAAAUUCAAAAAGGGUCACGGGCCCAACUGAAGGGAGCUGCUCAAAAUCGGGUCUGUUGGCAAGGUGUUGUUGAGGCCCUAAGCACCUCGAGGAGUAGCAAGAAACUAAACUAAUGCAAAAUAUUUCACUGUUUACCUGGUUGAUUAGUGUGACUUCUUUUUACAGCUGCAGUAGAGAGAUGUCACCAAGUUCUGGAUACUGUGUUCAUUUAUGUGCAUAAGCAUAUGUGGGUGUGUGUAGGUGUGUUGAUGCAGUGUAAGUGAUGGCAAAGAGCAUAAGUUUGUGUGUUAGCCCACGAAUUGUUUGAUCAUGGACGUAUAUAACUGGACUGCUGCAGUCUACAGAGACCAGUGCCUAUUAACCUUUUGCAAAGUUGUAGGCAAGAUCUUGAAAAUGCAUUCAACAAUCAAUACUUGCAGCUGAAUUUCAGUUUAUACUCAAAUAAGUUUACUGGUUACUAUUUUUUUUUUUUUUUUUUUUUUGGAAAAAAAUGUUGAGCUCCACUUCCCAAGCCAAUAAACCCCCCCAAAAAAUGCAACAGCCCAUAAAGCUUGAGCUUUUGUGAGUCUGUCAACCCAAUAGCUUGCAUCAUCUACUUUUCCUUUUCAUAUUCAUAAUGAAACCAGAGGGAAAUUCAAUACAUAAGAGAAACUUCGUCUGCAGGCAGUCCAGAGAUCUACAAAUACAUGGUUUGAUGCAGUGCAGACCAUCUUUUAAUGUUUGUUAUUCUGGUUGGGUUUUUUCAAGGAAGGAAAUUCCUUAUGAUGGAUUAAUAAAAUGCAUCCCUGAUUUCAUAAUCUUUUAAUGGAUGUAUAAAGCUGUAACUGAUUAUUAUUCUUAUGCAGUUUUAUGCGUUUAAAGGGAUACUCAAGGGUUGCGAUAAGGCUGUGGCGAUGGAUGGUCAAACGUUUCAAAAAAUAUAUUUAGUUACAAUUACAUAGCAUGAGAGCAAUACAGAACUAAUUGAUGUCCUUAUUUAUUGCAUGAUUCAAACUAUCAUCAUAAUAGCGAGUGACCAAGGGUCGUUUAAUGACUGCCAUUACUAGCCAGGCCCAAUCUGUGAUUAUUAUUUAACCAGUGAAAAACAGUAAACAAAAUUGCCAGCAAUUGACUAUUAGUUUAUGGUGUUGUGGGUAAGCCUGCUGUUAGUUUUGUUGUUUUAGGAGAUGGCAGAGAUGUGAGACAUCUGUGCUAGUUAUGUUUCAGUUUUUAAUUCUUAUUUUCAUGGUGGUAUGUCUAAUUCUGGUCAAAUAUGCAUGAUGAAAUGUAAUACCAGAUAUUCCAAAAUAUCAGCAGAGUGAACUGCUGGGUACUCGCCUAACAGCUCAACACCUGAUCAGUGGUAUUCACUUUUCCUUUCAAAUUCUAGUCAUACUAUAAUAGUUUUAGCAAAGCUUUGCAGCAGGAAAUUAAUUUUCUUACACUUCUUACAUUUGUGCUGGCAAGAUUGAUACAUCAAGACAAAUAAAGGUCCUGUGGUUAAAAACUGACCAUU